CAGAACGGCCCAGCGCGCCAUUCGCCUCGCUCGCCCGCCGCGCCCGGCCGUCCUCGACCGUCGCCGCUCCGCCGCGGGACGCGCAGUGACAGUGCAGUGCGUGUGUGACAGUGAACACGAUUGUGAAGUGCACCCAACACGUUAUUGUAAGUUGUGUGAGAUUUUUCCGGAGUUUUCACGAGUUUGUCAAGUGUAAGAAAGUUGGUCAAACUUUUUUUAUUUCGUAAGGCGGACGAAACUGAUCAUAUCACUCAAGGAUGUAUGGUGUAUUUUAAUAAAGUGGUGAACGAGAACAAAUAUCAAGAAGUUUUGGGAACAGCGGACCGUUGAGACGCGAAGGCGGGGACCUGACACCGCCGCUAAUGCUCCGCGAACGCUUUAUAGCUCUUUGGACCAAAUAAUUGAGGGACAAAUGCGGCUCCGGCGGCAACUUCUUUUAACGAUGGCGAGGCGGAGCCGGCGCGGCCGCGCGUGUUGACGCGGCGCUGCGAGAUGCGCGCGGGCGCGGGCGGCGCGCGCGCGGGCGCAGCAUGAACGCGUCCGAGGGCUGCGACUCCGACUGGGGCGUGGAGGAGUCCGACAAGCUGUUCCGCUUCGUGGUCAACGGCGUGCUGCUCAACUGCAUCGGCGCCGGCGGGCUGCUGGGCAACGCGCUGUCCGUGCUGGUGCUGUCGCGGCCGCAGAUGCGCUCCUCCGUCAACUGCCUGCUCGUGGGGCUGGCGGCCUGCGACACCGUGCUCAUCCUCACGUCCGUGCUGCUGUUCGGGCUCACGGCCGUGUACCCCUACACGGGCCGCCUGCGCUUCUACUACUACCACAUCUGCCCCAAGAUCACGCCCUACGCGUACCCCAUCGCCAACGCGGCGCAGACCAUGUCCGUGUACCUCACGCUCAUCGUGACCAUCGAGCGCUGGGUGGCCGUGUGCCACCCCUUCCGCGCCAAGGCGCUGUGCACGUCCUCGCGCGCGCGCCUCUACGUGUUCGGCACGGCCACCUUCGCGAUCGCCUACAACUUCCCCAAGCUGUUCGAGGCCGAGGUGUACGAGAGCUCCGACGCCGGCGAGCUGGUGUACUGCGUGAAGCCCGACGAGGAGUUCCGCACCGAGGCGUACGUGGCCGUGUACAUCCACUGGAUGUACCUGAUCGUGAUGUACAUCGUGCCGUUCUCGGCGCUGGCGGCGCUCAACGCGUGCAUCGUGCGGCAGGUGCGGCGCGCGCAGGCCGAGCGCGCGCGCCUGUCGCGCGUGCAGCGCCGCGAGAUCGGGCUCGCCACCAUGCUGCUGGUCGUCGUGCUCGUGUUCUUCCUGUGCAACAUCCUGCCGCUCGUCACCAACUCGUUCGAGCUCUUCUUCGAGAACCAGCUCGAGAAGCUCGACCCGCUGGUGAAGACGAGCAACCUGCUGGUGACCAUAAACAGCAGCGUCAACUUCGUCAUCUACGUGAUCUUCGGCGAGAAGUUCAAGCGGGUGUUCCUGAAGAUGUUCUGCAGCGGCGGCAUCUGGCGGCGCGGCACGCGCGACUCGCCGGAGCACACGCGCGACGACUCGUUCGCGUCGUGCGGCGAGCGCGUGUCGCUGCGGCUGGCGCGCAACGGCACGCUGCGGCGCUCGGAGGCGCGCUCGAGCCGCAGCGCGACGGGUGUGACGGGCGCGACGGGCGCGACGGGGCGCGCGCGCCGCUCGCCCUGCCCCGCGCCCACCGUGUACUACCCCGCGCCGCUCACCGAGCUCACCAGCGCCUCGCUGCAGCCCGACACGCCGCCGCCCGCCGCCGCGCGCUGGAACGGCCACUCGCGCGUGCACUUCUGAACCGGCUCGAGCGUCGGCUGUCCGGACGAGACGUCACAGACUAUUGAGUGGCAUCUGUGCUGCACGUGAACUGUAAACGCAAAAAGUACCGCGAAAGUGCGAGGACAACUGUACAAGUGAUAAAUGACUAAAAUGCCACUUUGGCGAUUCUGUACUCUGUUUCUCAAUAAUGUGACAUUCUAUGCAGGGAUUUGAGAGCAAGCCACGAGGUUUGAC